AGCAACCUCACUUAACCAAACAUGUUCAAGUGAUAAAGGUGCAGCAGGUUAAGACAUUUAUAAGCUCUUCCCACCACCAGUUGCCUCCGAUAAACACGGCUUUUAGCAACUUAACGUACAACUUGCGAAGAACAAAGUACAACACAAACAAACACGCCGGCAUGUGCUACGGCGGCGGUCGAUUGCCCUCGAGAGAUGAAAUAUCCGAAAUCCAAGCUCGGACCCGACUCCUCGACAACGAGAACGCGUUGGCAGUGGAGAAUAUGAGGGAUCGGCUAGCCGAGACAGAGGCGCGACUCGAACAAGCCAGGGCGAGGGAAGCCGAACUUAGCCGCCAGCUCGAGGAGAUGAAAAAGUUUGUUUGCGUCAUGGAAAUCCUGGAAAAGUACCUCAGGCGCCGAUACACAGAACAGCAAGAUCACCUUGCUCGAUUCUACCCUUCUUCUCCGUCUUCCUCACUUUCGGUACCUUCGAAAUAACCCCUUUGUUUGCUCCCCUCCCAAACCCCACCCCUACCCCACCGCUUUCUUACUUUUUCUUGUUGGAAAACAGAAGAAAUUGAUACUUGUAUUAUUGUUUUCUUUUCUGCGAUCUGUUUUAUAUGUAAAUGAUUAUAUUUGCUUUUGGGUAUGCUGCUCAUUUUACAAGAUCGUAUAUUGAUGAAACUAUAAAUUUUUAUACAAGUGAUUUUUUUUUCCC